GCAACACCUCAGUGGAGGGACCAGUACUCUGUAGUGUUCACGCUCCGAUCCUGCGUGUCCUCGAGCUCUUGUUAGUGUCCUGGGAUUGCCGGCUCGACCAAGCAUCGAGUUACUGCAUCUUUGCCUGUGUCUGAUGACAGAUACCGGCUGAUAUGGUUCAGUUGCUGGGAGUGGCUUCAUUGGCCCUCGCCCUCACCGCGGUGGCUGGGACUUUGCCCGACUUGGAGUGCCCCGACGACUGUGAUUGUCACUAUUUUAGGAUAAACUGGGUAACUGACUGCUCUGAAUCCAACCUGACAUCUGUACCUACUUAUGAAGAGGGACUCUCUCCCAACGUCUACGUCCUAGACCUCUCUGGGAACCAGAUCGAGUCUGUGGAGACCUUCCCGGAGGAUGUGAGGUUAAGGAGCCUCAAGCUGGCGGACAACCAUCUCACCAAAGUCACCCACCAGCAGUUCUCGGGCCUCAAGUUCUUGUUGGACCUAGACCUCUCUGGCAACAGGAUAACCUACGUCGAACCGGAUUCUUUCAAAGACAGCCAUGGUUUGAUCACGUUGGAACUUCAGAUGAACCCUCUGGAAGACGUCGAUGGACCGUUCUUGAUUUCUGAAUCCCUCCUGAACUUGGACCUCAGUAACUGUUCCCUGCAGAAGAUCGGUCCCACCUUCUUCACGGAUACUAAGUCCCUGAGCAGCGUGGACUUGUCGGGUAACCCAUUAGGCAGCAUUCCAUCGGGAGUCUUCAAUCCAUUAACAAGCCUCCAGCACUUGAAGUUGAAUAGGUGCAACCUCAGUUAUAUAGCGAGCGAUGCUUUCGACGUUCUAGAAAAUCUCAAAGUUCUAGAACUCGCACAUAACAGCUUUACAACAGUUGAGUGGGUUGUCCUCUUCGGAAAACUUCCACGGUUAGAAUUUUUAGAUCUCCGUCGUUCAGGUAUAAAAAACCUUCCAGAUGAUGUCUUUCAAAACAAUACUUGGAUGAGAAGUUUGAUAAUGGCAGAAAAUGAAUUAAGCGAUCUGGAUGUAGCUACCACCCUCGGACAGAACCUGAAGCAUUUAGACUUUCUGGAUUUGUCAAACUGCAACCUCGUCGGUCCUCUUUCCGAGGACGCUUUCGCUGUGGCAACUAACUUGAGGACCCUCAUCCUAUCUGACAACUCGAUGUCAGCGAACGACCUGGCAGUGGCCCUCAAGCCACUAACCAAUCUUCAGAAACUUUCCUUGAGAAACUGCUCCUUAACAAGACUUCCUCCUGAUACCUUCCACCGAUUCACAUCCUUACAAGAACUAGACAUUUCACGUAACCCUUUAAACAAUGCAUUUACUUCUCUUCUUAGACCUUUGAGUACGCUUAUCCAUCUGGAUAUGGGGUACAGCAAUUUGGCUAAGGUAUCGAAGAACACGUUUUCGCUAAUGACAUCUUUGAAAACACUAAUUUUGUCAGGAAACAGUUUGAAAAGCUUAGAAUCGGGGCUGUUUAAGAAUUUGACAGACCUGAAAACACUAGAGCUUAAUAACUGUGGACUUUCCAGGCUCAAUGAGACAGUUUUCCAAGAUGUCUUCUAUCCUGAUUUGGAAGAGCUGCUCUUGGCCGGCAACCCGCUUGAUGUGCCCCAGCAGGAUUCCAUUAUUCCCACACAGCUGAAUCGAUUAAAAACACUAGACCUUAGCCGUUGCAAUAUUUCAUACUUACCGAUCGAAACGUUCAAAUCAUUUGGAAAUAUAACGGAUCUGAGAUUGGCAGGCAAUCGUCUGAUGAAUACGAACAAUAAUACUUUGGCAUUCUUACAUUAUUUACCUAAUUUGGAGAAGUUAGAUUUAGCUUUUAAUAACAUUACAAUGGUUUUCCCGCAGACCUUUAGGUUCAACACAGAACUUAAAACACUCAAACUUGUGGGUAAUCCUUGGAAAUGUGGCUGUCACAUAUCAGAUAUGUGGGAGUGGGCUCAAGUUGUGAAGGGUGACAUCGGCGUUCUGGUUGGAGCGAUCACAUCGUCUGACACGGUGAUGCGGGUCAACCCCAAGAGGAAGAACAUACUCUUGUGUCACUUCGACUCCAGGACAGCGCCGGUCAAAGCCAGGAAGUGGUCGAGGAGAGAGUUCGCCAACAACGUUAACCAUUCGUGGGCGAGGUACGUGAAGGAGUCUGCCUGUGACUCCGGAUUCCGGGUGAUGCCGAAAAGCCUCAUCGGCUCGGCCGAACAGCUGACUUCGAAACAGAAGGAGAACUACUCGAGCUGGGUGUGGGCGACAGGGCUGGUCGCUUCGGUGGCUCUCAUUUCCGUCGCGAGCUUCCUCGCCACCUCCGUCAAGAAUACCGUCACGAAACGUCACGAAACUUCGCCGCCGUGCAGCGAUGUCGACGAGAAGCCCACCACAACGCACGCUAGUCAGUACCUUCGCAGACCAACCAAAUAGUUCCUUUAUUAUGUGUAUUAAAAGACUAUGAACUUUGUAUGAAACUCGGUUUUGACCGGGAAUGUACUUUUGAGUACAAUGUUUUCGCUUUUCUAUUCUGUCUUAGAGCGUUUUAUUUCUAUUAAUUAACAAUUUUACACAAAAGUAUUAUAUUUGUAUGAUAUUUAAUGUUUAUUAUAGUUAUAAAUAAAUAUUUUAGAUACUACUUUGAUUUUGACCUUGGGAAGCUAUUCCCUCUCCAUAGUUACUGUUAACUUUCAAUUGUUUUAAUUACAAUAAUUUUCAAUAAGAGUAAACAAAUCAUUAUCGAAUUUCAUCUGUUUAUUAGAACUAUUAGAUCUCCUUCAUUCCUUCAUUAUAUAAGAAUCAAUAUCGAUAUAAAUUAAUGAAUGGAGAAAUAUAAGGGAAUUUUUAAAGGAAUGUCAUAAAAAAUAAUUGUUUUUAUUACUUUUUUUUAUUAAAGAAAAUUACAACUGUAUUAAAUAAUAAAUAAAACAAGUAACAUGACAUGUACAACAUGAAGAGAAACUACUCAUUGGUAGCACUCCAAUUAUAUUUCUAUAUUAGAAGAUCUCGAGGCCAUCUUAUUUUCAGACGCCUCGGAGGAUUAUCAGGAAUAGAAGAGGAAGCAAGGUUAGAAACAAGAGGGUUCGGAUGGUUCAGAAGUUUAUUGUGGAAGGAUAGGUAUCUGGAUUGAUCUAAAUCGGAAACAUAUUAAGGUC